AACGCACGUGCAAGUUGACCCAGAUGACUUACUAGAAAGAAGCUUCGAAAAAGCCUUGUUUUUUCUUGCUCUCUUGCCCUAAUCUCGCCACUCUCAUUGUCGAAAAAAGUAGCUACUGAUCCACAAAUUCCACUCAAUAAUUCAUUGAAUCCUCAACCACAUUCAAUUAGUGAAGAGUUUGAAACUAAAAUGCCAGCAGCUCGGCAUUUUACCCGGAUAGACACAUUAGAGCUAAAAUUGCAAAUUGAGAGGAAGCUUGGGCAUCUAAAGGCACAGAAGUAUUUUGAUCUCCUCACGAAGUUUCUGAGUCUUAAGAUUGGCAAAUCUGAUUUUGAUAGACUCUGCAUUGGUACAAUAGGGAGGGAAAAUGUACGUCUUCAUAAUUAUCUCCUCAGAUCAAUUAUCAAAAAUGCACAUCUCUCGAAGACUCCCCCGCCAAAAGAGAGCAAAGUUGAAGGUGCUGUAUGUGUCAAAGUGCCUAAUGGGUAUCAAAAAAGUAGUCUCCAGUCCAUCUGCCGAGAUUUUAUUCAAUCUCCUCGUAAGGGGAGGUCAAUUCUUAGCGAACGCAAGUUCAAGGAUCGUCCUAGUCCUCUUGGCCCGCAUGGGAAGAGCCACAAUAUUGCAUUUGAAUAUUCAGUCCCUAAAAACCAAGAACAGCAGAGUGCUACUGAGCUGCUUUCAUUUGGCAGCAGACCCCCAGGCUCUGUGGAAGAUGGAGAAGAGGUUGAUCAGGCUGCUGGAAGCCCUAGCAUUCAUAGUAGGAGCCCUGUUAGAGCUCCUCUUGGCAUCCCUCUGAAUACCAAAGGAUCACGGAAAGUACUGUUUAAUCGCUUCUCAUCUUCUUAUCAUAUGGGGGCAUGUCAGAAUAGUGGAGAAUUGCCUGAUUCCAAUUCUUUGAGGAAAAGGUUGGAACAUAAGUUGGAGAUGGAAGGAAUAAAAGUUUCUGUUGAUUGUGCCAAUUUACUAAAUAACAGCUUGGAUGUUUACUUGAAGAGAUUGAUAAAACCCUGUAUGGAUUUAGCUGCUUCAAGAUCUGGACAGAAACACGCAGGCCAAGGACAGAUCCAACCAAUAUGUGGUAUGAAUGGGGUGUGGCCUGUGAGACAUUUUCAAAAAUCAAGUGGGUCCAGUCCAGUGUCCAUGUUAGAUUUUCGGCUUACAAUGGAACUAAACCCUUGGAUUCUUGGAGAAGAGUGGCCAAUGCAGCUUGAGAAGGUUUGCUUUCGUGCAUCAGAAGAAUGAACUAGAAUGUUAGUGCAAGAUUUGGUGGGAUGGGAAGUUUAGGUUCGAUGAAAUUGUGAGUUAAUAAUGUUACAGGAUCCGCUUUAAUGAUGACGCUGACUCACUGUUUUCAUGACAACUGUGAAGUACAUAAAUAGUAAAAGUUGGAAAGUUUUGGAUCAUUAGAAUGUACAUAGGCCUUUGGAUUGAUUAUUUCCAGAGUGUGACAUGAUACAGUACAAAAUAUUGACAUUGUAAGAAUCUAGCUGUCCCAAAUUGGUCAGUUUUCUCCAACAACUGACUAUAGUUUGUUUGUUCAAUUUAUUAACUUUGUGAAUAAAGCUUUCAUUUCCAA